CCAUCUACAAUGGACCGACUACGUAAAGAGAAGCUCAAUCACAGCCCACCAUGAGUGGUUGGGCCACCAGAGAGGGGAGACACACCCCUUCAGACAGUGAACACCGCGGGACUUACCAGGGCCAGGGAAGAGUCCCGUGGUCAAGAGACUUGGGAAGAAGCGAGGAAUACUUAUUCCCCACAACCAGCUCGCAGGCAUGGACUCAUUGCCAAUCUUUUUUGUUGGAGGGACUGGCAGAUUACCAAAUAUUCUCUGCUUUACUUGUUCUGGGAUUCUCUGGUGCGUGCUGCGGAUGGUCUACUUCCCAGGUCUUCACUUUUAGAGACGGUAAACGACAGGCCUACGGAUCUUGUUGGACUUUCAUCGGGUAUAUUAGAUGAUGGUGCUAUAAUUAUCGACCUUGAGCUUUACGAACCUAAAGUAGUACUAUAGAAGAAGCAAGAUAGCCUACUAUAAGAAAUUAUGAAGAGCUCAAGAUUGGGACGAG